AUGUUGUUUCUGCUGGUCUCGACCACGGACGCGAACUCCGGGGACUUCGUGGUGACCAAGACAGCAGCCUUGCACGGCUUGACGCAAACACACAUGGGCAAGACGGUGAAGGCGUACCUCGGCGUACCGUACGCCGAGCCCCCCGUGGGUCACCUGCGCUUCUCGAGGCCCGUGCGAGCCAAGCAGAAGGACCGGAUGGUUCUCGCCAAUGAUUUUCAGCCGCCGUGCAUGCAGCUCAACGGCGCUCUGCAAGACCUACCCUGGUUUCAGGUGGACGAUGGUGUCAGCUCCGAAGAUUGCCUUUACCUGAACGUUUGGACGCCGGAGUGCGGAGGGCCGGAAAAGAACGCUUCAUGUCCUUUAAAACCCGUCCUUGUCUGGCUCCAUGGAGGUGGAUUCAGGGGUGGUUCCUCAACUAUGGAUGUAUACAACGGCGGAACGCUGGCCGCAUCGGGGGACAUCGUAGUCGUGACGCUCAACUACAGACUGGGUGCGUUUGGCUUUCUAAGUCUCAACGUGUCGAACAUUCCGGGUAAUAUGGGCCUCUAUGACCAACACCUAGCACUGCGCUGGCUGCGAAGCAACGUGCAGUAUUUCGGCGGCGACCCAAAAGAAAUCGUUCUUGCAGGCCAGGAUGCCGGGGCUACGUCAGUCGGCCUCCAUCUUAUUUCGCCGUUGAGUCGUCGGCUAAUUAGACGUGCGGUUCUCAUCGGCGGCGCUCCAAACUGGCUCGUCGACCCGCUGAGCACAGGUUCCAGCUACGUGAGGGCGCUCAUGUUGACCAGUGCUCUGGCAUGCAGUGAUUCGUCUGUACGGACUGCUCCUGUGGUGGCUCGCUGCCUUAGAGACGCCAAGGCAAAGACCAUAGCCAGAGCCGAAAGCGAGAUAUUCAAGCAAGCCUACUACACCUUCUGGCCCAGGGACCGAGACGAGUUGGUUCCCAUGGAUCCCGUCAUGGCUGUUGCACGUGGGCACGUCCUACCGGUCGAUGUCCUGGUCGGUGUGACCGCUGAAUCUGGCUUCUCUCAGGGAAUGGCUUUCCGGAGGGCGUUGUUUGACCCAAAAACUUCGUCUCCCGAAAUGUCGAAGGAGUCCGCAACGCGGGUGUUGGAGGAUGUCCUUUUUCUGUUCCCUAGGUCGGCUAGAGACGAAGUCGCCCGAUUUUACUUAGAGAACAGCACCGACGGUCGUUCUGGUUCUGUCAGAGCUGCUUUAGCUCAGGCUCUGGGCGACGUCUUCAUCAACUGUCCGGCGGUGUUUUUUGCUGAGUCCUAUGGAGACAGGCCCAUGAAGUCUUUCUUUUAUAAGUUCAGCCACAGGCCAACGUUCAGUCGCUGGCCCGCGUGGUUCGGGAGCACUCAUUUUGAUGAUGUUCCAUUUUUGUUCGGAGUACCAUUGAGGCAUCCCAACAAGUUUUCUUCCAAGGACGUGGCCGUCAGCAGGCUGAUGGUGGAAACGUUGACAUCGUUCGUUAAGACUGGGUAA